AUGAUGCGGGGAUUGGUUCAGAGACGUCUUCCCGAGACAGGUACUCUGAGAAGUAAUGCUUUAUUCCGAGUCUUCUCUAGUCUCGGUGAUGGGAAAUUAAGUUAUAGAGAGAGGUUGAGGAGUGGGAUUGAGAAUACCAAGCCGGAUGAUGCUGUUGAGCUCUUCCAAUCCAUGCUUCGGUCUCGUCCUCUUCCUACUCUCAUCGAUUUCAGCAGAUUGUUUAGUGGCAUUGCCAAAACAAAACGAGUUGCUGAGGGAUAUGAUCAAAGGGAAUCAUCCCCAACGUUCACUUUCAAUGCGUUGAUUGACAGUUUUGUGAAAGAGGGAAAACUUGUAGAGGCUAAAGAACUGUACAAUGAGAUGAUUGCAAGAGGUUUGGAAAUCUUCCGCAAAUUGUCUCUGAGAGGACUGGUAGCCGAUACAGUCACUUAUAGCACUCUCAUCCAAGGGUUUCUUCAAUCUGGAAAACUGAAUGUUGCCAAAGAACUCUUCCAGAGAUGGUUUCUCGUGGUGUGCCCCAGUGCUGUAACUUAUGGUAUUUUGUUGGACGGUUUGUGUGACAAUGGAGAACUAGAAAAUGCAUUGGAGAUAUUUGAGAAAAUGGAGAAGAGUAAAUUGGAUUUUGAUAUUGGUAUCUACAAUAUCAUCAUACACGGGAUGUGCAAUGGUAGUAAGGUCGAUGAUGCUUGGGAUUUGUUCUGUAGCCUUCCUUCCAAAGGAGUGAAGCCCAAUGUUAAGACAUACACCGUGAUGAUUGCAGGACUAUGUAAGAAAGGCUCACUGUCCGAAGCUGACCUGUUGUUUAGAAAGAUGGGAGAGGAUGGGAUUGCACCAUAG